AUGAGACCCGUGCCAAGCGCCCCAAGGCUCAGCCAUCGAAUCACGAUAAACUCGCCCUCUGCUCUUCUCGACCAACUCCCUCAUCUCACCUCACCCUCAUCCUCGACUUUCGCUCAACGACUCCAUCUCCAUCUCCAUCUCCUCUCUUCCCCUCUCUUCCCCUCUCUUCCCCUCUCUUCUCCUCUCUUCUCCUCUCUUCUCCCUCUUCUCCCUCUCCUCCCUCUCCUCCCCUCCCCGGCAUGGUACAAUGCAAAGGAUGUCCCUGCGUUGUCGCUUCGCAAACUAAGAUUAUGCGGAGCCUGUAUUGAGCUAAGAUAUUCCGAAUCCAGGAAACCAUACACAGAGUUACAAAAAACAGAUAAACGGUGCAUAAAACAACAAAACAACUCGGACAGCAUCUCUGGAAAAAGUACCUGCGUCGAAUUCGGGUUUGAUGCGUCAGAAAAAUAA